AUGCCUGCCGAAACCCGCGGCUCCGUCCGCCAGCGCAAGGGCAAAGCGACCACCAAGGCCGACGGGCUCCCGCCCCUGAAUGCCCGCGUGACCGAGCUCAACUCGUCCGACGACGAGGCCGAGGAGAAGCUGCAAGAGGAGCCUAAGCCCAAACCGACGCCCAAGGCCCGCGCCGAGUCCGAGGAUGAGUACAGCCCGUGGCUCGACAUCGCCCGCGUGUUGACCUUCCUGCUGGUCGCCUCGGCCGGCCUGAGCUACCUGAUCUCGGGCGGCGACUCUUUCACCUGGGGUCUGAAGCACCCGCCCAAAUACCUGCGGCGGACAUGGUGGGAAGAACAGUUUAAAUCGCCUCUCAGCAUCCCCAUCGAGGAGCUCGCCCAGUACGACGGCACCGACCCCGAGAAGCCCAUCUACCUGGCCAUCAACGGGACCAUCUACGACGUGACGGCGAACCGGCGGACGUACGGGCCGGGCGGGUCGUACCACGUGUUCGCGGGGGCGGACGCGGCGCGGGGGUUCGUGACGGGGUGCUUCGCGGACGACCGGACGGCGGACCUGCGCGGCAUCGAGGAGAUGCACCUGCCGCGCGACGACCCGGAGAUCGACGCCCAGUACACGGCGGCGCAGCUGGCCGAGCUGCGCGAGAAGGAGCUCGGCGACGCCCGCCAGAAGGUCCACGACCAGCUGGCCCACUGGGUGCGCUUCUUCGAGAAGAACCCAAAGUACCCGCGCGUCGGCUUCGUCAAGCGCGAGAAGGGCUGGCUCGAGAAGGAGCCCCGCCGCAAGCUCUGCGACCAGGCCGAGAAGGGCCGCCCCAAGAGGAAGGCCCCGGGGCAGGAGUAA